AUGGAUCCAUCAAAGUACUGGAUGAUAUCAAGGAGGAAGCUGGGUGCAGAUCAGACGGCGCCUGCUGUCUUCAGCACGCCACACGUCACCGUCGGCGGCGGCGGUGGCAGCUCGGCCUCCUACUACGAGUCGUGGGAGGAACGCGCUUUCGCGGAGGAUUCCGCAGGAAAUCUCGGGGGUUGCAUCUGGCCACCGAGAUCUUAUUCGUGCAGUUUCUGCGCCCGAGAGUUCCGGUCGGCGCAGGCGCUCGGUGGCCACAUGAACGUCCACCGGAGGGACCGUGCAAGGCUCAAGCUCUCGGGGAUGAUGGAGGACGGUGGCAGCGACCAGGGCAUGCCACUGCAUCAAGGCUAUAUGAUCCAGCCAUGCCCACCUAAAAUUGGCGCUCCCCAGCAGCAUGCGCACGGCCCAAAACCUACUACUCCUAGCGCUGACGGUAACCCUAAUUCAAUACGGAGUGUUCUUUCGGUUCCAUCGAGAUCUUUAGUGGAUAUUGGCACAGCAAGGACCGUCUGGGGCAAGCAAGUUUUGGCUUCCCCACUCGCAUCGCCAUCGGCUACUCAAGAAUAUGGUGCGAAGGAGAUGUUUCUUCGUCCUUCCCAGCUUCCACGGGAUCAUCUAAACCAGGUAUCGUGGAUACGCUCUGAGCAAGAAUUGCGUGUUCGGAGUGGUGAAUUGAAGCUGAGUCUUUUGGGCUGCCGCACGCGAAGUAACUUUGAGGAUGAUAGCGAAGAUGAUGAUGGAAAGGCUGAUCAUUUAAGUCGCAAGAGAAGGAGAACUGAUGUGGAGGUAACCCAGUUGUUUCUGUGUUCUUCAUCUAGUAAGCAUCUGCAAAUAGACGAUCAUGAUGAUCGUGAUCACCAUGCCAAGGUACUUAAACUUUGUCCCAGCUCUCCAGCUGAUGAACUAGAUCUUGAGCUUAGGCUUUGA